UCCACCUCAAUUCUCCUUUCCGAGAAUAACUGGAUCAAAUGCCAGGCAACUGGAUUCAUUGAAAAAAUUCUCAUCCUUAGAUUCUGAAAGAGAUCAGAUUGUCCCCUCUGGAGAUUCUUCCUAUCAUCAGCAGGCUGUCAAAGUCCCACUGCAGUGUGCAGAGAGUAAGGAAGAUGAUCUUGAUGGAGAUAUGCAGGAAGUGUUACUUAGGCAAAAGGGGCUGAAGCAUUUUUUAAGUCUUCUGGUGGCAUGCAGAUCUAAUCAGCUGCAUGUUUGAUCCUCUCCUCUUCUCUCCCUCCUUCAGAGUCCUUUAUUUGGAGUGAAAUAACAGUGUCCUGGAUUGUCCUCCUAAACCACUGAUCUCAACAUCUCCUAAACAAGGAAACAGUUUUUGCACAAUGGCACAACAUUUUAUUUUUUCAAAAGGUGAUGCAUCGAUCUCUGAAGAAUAUUCCCACCGCAAUGAUACUUUGCCUCCCAACUCUAGGGAGAGUAUUCCAUUGGCUGUAGCAUUUGUUGAAGCAUCUAACAGGAUUCUUGAAAUUGGAGACAUUCAUCAGAAUUUUUCUGAAAUACUCGAUCCAUCUCCAUAUGAUCACCUGUUUGAUGAUUUAAUACGAAAUCUGAUCAAUGGCUUCAUUGCUACUAUUUGUAUUUUGGGCCUGCUAGGAAAUGGGAGGACAAUUUAUCUUCUGACUUAUUCCGUUAAGAGGAAUUCUUUCGCCACUUACAUCCUGAGUCUCUCCAUCGCUGAUUUUGGGGUCCUCGUAUCCCUCAUUAUUGCGGCUAUAUUUGUUGCUGUUUUAACUCUGCGUAAAGAAACUUACUUACUCUAUACCUUUUUCUUCCUAUUUUUUGAGCUGUUUUUCUUCACCUAUUCUGCUAGCCAGUUUCUGCUGACAGCCAUCAGCCUGGACAGGUGUGUGGCUGUCCUCUUCCCACUCUGGCAUCGCUGCCAUCGCCCGCCCUAUUUGUCCACCCUAGUUUGUGGCAUCAUAUGGACCCUCUCCUUCCUGCUCGCUGCAGUGCACUUCAUUCUCCACCAGACCAGGCGCUCUGGACGUUCACCUUUAGUUUACCAGCUGAUUGUGAAUGGUUUACUUUGCACGCCUCUCAUGGUUGUGUCCACUGUGACUCUCUUGUUCCACAUGGGCUCGAAAGCACAACGCAAGCAAAGGAAGCUGCUGACCGCCAUCUUGUUGGCUCUCCUUUUCUUCCUCCUUUUUUCUUUCCCAAUGAAUGUUGUUUAUGUCAUAGAAUAUUUGGAUCCCCCUCAUUACAUUCUCAUGACAAUUGGCUUAGGGUUUGCCGCUCUCAACAGCAGCAUCAACCCACUCCUCUAUUUCUUAGUCGGGAGGAAACAGACCGGAAAGGAUCAGCCCAGAGCAUCUUUGAGGGUUGCUCUGCAAAGAGUCUUCAGGGAUGAGCAGGACAGCCCAGAAAAUCAGAAAACCAUGGAGGAAGCCCAGUUGUGA